AUGAAUUUGACGAAGCCAUUGUUAUCAUCAAAACGAAUACUUAUUGUAGGCUUGGGAAACCCUUCGCCUGCUUAUGAUCUCACAAGGCAUAAUGUUGGCAAUUGGCUCCUAGAUCAGCUAGUGAGCAGAAGAUGGAAUGGAUUCACACAGUUCAAGAAGGAUAGGAGAUACAGACACUUCGAAAUUAGCCAAACUUCAGCUCCUGAGUAUUCUCAUCUUGUAUUAGCGAAAUCAGUCAACACUUACAUGAAUAUUCAGGGACCAGCCGUCAAACAAUUAUGGACAUCAUUCAAAAAGGAGAAGAACGAUGAUCCAACAUUGAUGAUUAUACAUGAUGAAAUAGAAAUAGGCCUAGGCAAGGUUCAAUUAAGAAAGGGAAGUACCAGUGCUCGUGGCCACAAUGGUCUUCGUUCUAUAAGCACCCAACUUGAUCCUACUUACACAAAGAUGGGAUUGGGGAUAGAUAAGCCGGAUAAGCUGUCGAACAUAAAAGUUCUGGAUUAUGUUUUGUCGAAAUUUUAUCGUAAUGAACUCGACGUUUUAGAGAGCGUCACAUUAGAGCAGGCGUCUAAAUUGAUUGAGGAGGUUGCAAAAGGGUUGCAUUCCAAGUGA